UUAAAGGCUUGGCUAGCUUGUCUUUCUUUUUACAGGAGACCGAGGCUCAACCAAGGACUCUUGUGAGAUGUUACCUGUGUUGAUGCUGAGGAUUGUCUGCGGACUAAUGCUCUAUGCCUCCUUUUGUGAACCCGACACUCAGCCUUGUGUCCCACGACAAACUGUGCCCCUUCAGGAUCUGAACACAUUCAGCAAGGAUGGGAUUUACGACUACAAUACCAUGCUUAUUAUGGAGCAUCUGGGAGUGUUGGUGGUGGCAGCCAGAGAUGCCAUUUUUGCCUUGGAGAUCAAUAACAUCUCUGUCAAGAUGGCUGAGGUGGACUGGCCGGCGACCGACAAGUCAGAAUGCAUGCGAGGUCAUCCCAACAGGGAGCUGAAUUGUCACAAUUAUAUUCGGACCCUCCACAACGUGCACAGUACCACGAUGUUCGUGUGUGGCUCCAACGCUUUUGAUCCCCUGUGUGACUCUUUGACUUACGAGGGAGGACAGCUGAAACUGAUGGGUAAACACCUCAAUGGACAGAGGCGUGCUUCUUAUUUACCAUUUGAAGGAUAUGCUUCCGUCAUGGUUGGGGGGGAUCUGUAUGCUGCAACAGUGGUACACGGAACUUCACCUGGACCGAUGCUAAUGCACACCACAGAGUACUAUAAAGGGACUAGAACUAAAGAUGGAUGGAUGACAGAUCCUGUCUUUGUCCAUAUCGACUUUGUGGAUGAAACUGACAGGGAUGAAUAUUCCAUUAGUGCCAACGACGCCAAAAUCUACUUAGUUUUCUCUGAAACGGAGCAUCACGGCAUGGUUCGAGUAUCGCGCGUGUCGCGUGUACGCCAGGCGGACUGGGGCAGCUCGGCUAGCCCGUUCUGGACUUCGUUCCAAAAAGCAACACUGGAUUGCUCGUUGCCCGAUGAGAACUGGACCCCCGUUGUGCAGAGUGCCUUCCUGUUGAUGCAUGAGAACUGGAAGGAAAGUCUGUUCUAUGCUGUCUUCACAUCACCGUGGGAUCGCGUAUCGACCCUGUGUGUGUACAGCAUGUCGUCCAUCAGCAAAACCUUGGACAGUAGCCAAGUCUACAGUCCAGGAUCAGUCUCAGGACCUGUUAGACCUAUGCUGACGAAUGGGCCUCUGCUGAUCAAAGAGGGAGCCUUGCUCAGCCAGAUAGUCGUCGAAAGUGUGACUGCACUGGAUGGACAGAGACAUGAUGUCAUGUUCAUUGGCACUGAGAACGGCUUUAUUCAGAAGGCCGUCAACCACAACGGAGAGACUUUCAUCAUUGAGGAGAUUCAAGUGUACCCAACUGAACGCAUCAGGACGCUCCACUUGUUGUCCGUCAAGGGGCAGCUGUUUGUGGGGUCAAGAGUAGGUGUGGUCCAGAUGCCAGUCAGUAAUUGCAGUCGACACGUCACGUGCCCGGACUGUAUCCUAGCCAGAGACCCCUAUUGUGCCUGGAAUCUGUCUGCAAAAGUCUGUUUCCCCAUCCGUGGCUUGUCCUCGUCCCCCACUGCGUCUACUGCAAUACAGAGUUUGAAAGAAUUCUUCAGAUGUCCAAAACCUGAUCCAGUACCAGUGGUGGACUACAGGUUGGUUCCAGGGAUCAACAUGCAGCUGACUUGCCAGGCUACCUCCAACCUUGCGGAGGUCAUGUGGCAGUUUGCCAAUGAAACACUUAACUCCACAAGUAAAUACAGCAUUCACAGCCAAGGUCUCAUUAUCCUGAACACCUCUGAAUUGGAUGCCGGCCUGUACACGUGUAACUCCUCAGAACUCAUCAACGGAACCUUGUAUUGUCGGCGUGUAGCUGCUUAUCGAGUACAGGUUGACUGCUGCGGGUCACUUAAUUCUGUGUUAGAUUGUUUCCUUGGGCCAACUUUUCUUGUGCCUUUGGUUCUCCUUUUCAUGCUUUGCCUCACCCUGGUGACCUUCAUAAUAUGGACAUGGAGAAGACGUAGGUAUAUGGUUCAGCAGACAGAUAACACAGAAUUGAUAGCUACAAGCAUAAAUCUCGAAUGAGACCAAUGUACUCUGCAGUCAAUUGGAUUCAUUUUCACAGUGUGAUGGGACUCCAACCUGUGAUCAUUUGCUAGGAAAUGAUUUGGAAGGGCAUGCUUCUAUAACGUCAAAAAAGUCAAGAGAUUGAGCACAAACCAAGCAUGAAGUUAAAGGAAUUGUCUACGGCCUCUUAAGACCGGUUUGCUUCAGGGGACGGUUUUGGAGAUGUGUACAGACAUUUUGAUGUUUGAAUAUUUCAUUCCCGCUUUUGUGUCAUGUUACAUUGUAGGAGACUGGACUGUCUCAGAAUUGUUUAUUCCAUUGUUGUGCCC